AUGUUUUUUAUUUAUUAUAUCCUUCUCUCUCUUUCUCUUUCUUCUUUUCUUUCAAUCUAUUUUCCCCCACGCUUUUAUCCUUGUCUUUCUCUGUCCACUUCCCUUGCUUUUUGUCUUCAUUCUCCUCUUCUUCUAGUUUAUUCUGUUAUCAUUAUCGACAUUUUUUUUCUUUUUUCUUCUUUUUUUUUUCACGCUGCAUUCAUCUUUCUUUUCGUUCUUUUACUUUUUUCAUCACCUAUUUUCUUUCCAUUUCUCUCUCUCUCUCUCUCUCUCUCUCUCACACACACACACACACUAUUUCUACUUAUUCUCUCUCUUUCCUUCUGCUCUAUUUUUCUCUUUUUUCACACCUCUCUCUUUCUAAUCACCGUUUUUCUCUCUUUCUUGUCUCUUUCUUCUUCUUCUUUUUCUUCUUUUUCUUCUUUUUUUUCUUCUUCUUCUUCUUCUUUUCUCUUUUUUCUCCCUUUCUCAUCGGUCUCUUUAUUUCUUCCCUACUUUCUUGAUUUCCAUCGCAUUCUUUUUCCCUCUUUCUCUCUUUCUCCUCCCUUUUUUUUCUUCCCCCCCCCCUCUCUCUCUCUCUCUCUCUCUCUCUCUCACUCUCUCUUCCUUCUUUUUUUUCCCGCUUUCUCUGAUACGUUUUUCUUUUUUUUACCCCUCAUCAUUUUCGUUUAUGUUUUCUUAUUUUUCAUAUUUCUAUCUUUUUAUUUUGUAUUUCAUUAUUUCCUUCUAUUUUCCUUCUAUUUUUCUUCUACUCCUCUUUCUACUUCUCUUUCUACUUUUCUUCAAUUCUCCCAACUUCCUAGCUGGUCCUUUCUAAUCAAACCUAUCUAUCUAUCUAUCUAUCUAUCUAUCUAUCUAUUACAGACUCUUCAUUAUCUAUCUAUCUAUCUAUCUAUCUAUCUAUCUAUCUAUCUAUCUAUCUCUCAUUCUUCUAGUUAA